AUUAGCGACGCUGCCGAAGCCGAACGGACGGGAUUCGCUGUGAGGAGUUCAGAACACGCCCUUAGCUUACCUCCCCCUCCAGCUGCCGCCGCCGCCUCCCAUCUCCGGCGACGAGCAGGGCAGAGAAGGAGAACUAGCUAUGUCCUCGGUGGCGCCGGAGGUUGAGAAGAAGGAGGAGGAGGAGGAGCAGGUGGUGAACCCGUGGGAGGUGUCGGCGGGGAAGGGCGGGAUCGACUACGACAAGCUGGUCGACCAGUUCGGCUGCCAGCGCCUGCACGCCGCGCUCAUCGACCGCAUCGCGCGCCUCACCGGCCGCCCCCCGCACCGCUUCCUCCGCCGCGGCCUCUUCUUCGCCCACCGGGAUUUGAACGAGAUACUGGACCUAUUCGAGAAGGGGGACAAGUUCUACCUCUACACGGGGAGAGGGCCCUCGUCCGAGGCGUUGCAUCUCGGACACCUCGUCCCGUUCAUGUUCACCAAAUAUUUGCAGGAUGCUUUCAAGGUUCCUCUGGUGAUACAGCUAACUGAUGACGAGAAGUUCUUGUGGAAAAAUUUGACUGUUGAGGAAAGUAAAAGGCUUGCGCGUGAAAAUGCAAAAGACAUUAUAGCAUGUGGAUUUGAUGUUGAAAGGACUUUUAUUUUCUCUGAUUUUAAUUUUGUUGGCGGCGCCUUUUACGAAAACAUGGUUAAAGUGGCCAGAUGUGUGACGUAUAAUAAAGUUGUAGGAAUAUUUGGAUUCACUCCAGAGGAUCACAUUGGAAAGAUUAGCUUUCCUCCCGUGCAAGCAGUUCCAUCAUUCCCUUCUUCAUUUCCCAAACACUUUUCUGGCAAUGACCAACUACGGUGCCUGAUACCUUGUGCAAUAGACCAGGAUCCUUAUUUCAGGAUGACCCGUGAUGUUGCUCCAAGAAUUGGUUACCAGAAGCCAGCGCUGAUUGAGUCAAGAUUUUUCCCUGCUCUUCAGGGGGAGAACACGAAAAUGUCAGCUAGUGAUCCAAAUUCUGCUAUAUAUGUGACCGAUAAUACUAAAGAAAUAAAGACAAAGGUGAAUAAAUAUGCAUUCUCAGGUGGCCAGGACUCCGUAGAACUUCAUAGAAAACUUGGAGCUAACCUUGAGGUUGAUGUCUCAAUUAAGUACCUGAACUUUUUCCUUGAAGACGAUGAUGAGCUCGAGCGCAUAAAGAAGGAGUACAAGGAAGGAAGUAUGCUGACAGGUGAAGUGAAGCAGCUUCUGGUUAAGGUUCUUUCUGAGAUGGUUGAAAGGCACAAAAGAGCUAGAGCUCGAGUUACCGAGGAGAUGGUCGACGCCUUCAUGGCUGUGAGGCCUCUUCCCAACAUGUUCGGCUGAGCAUUGGGGUGGGAGGUUCAUACCCUUUCUGUGUGGAUUUUAUAAUUCCAGGAGCAACAUAUGAAGUUUGAGGAUUUGGUUGUAACUAUUAAUGUGAACCGGGCCACUCAAUCCUGUAUGGCGGCCACUGAUUUUGCAAAAUCACUAUAUUAUAUACUAUUUGUUUUCAAGCUUGCUCAA